CGCACAGACACAUUCCUUGAUUCUCCUGUUCCAGGCAGGAAUCCGGGGGCCCCAGGAACUCAUCCCAAGGAAGAGAGGUGGUACAUCGGGUCCAAAUGGGACCCCCCAGCAGCUCCCAGACGUGUCUCUGUUAGGGGGACCCCCCACAGCUCCGAGGGCUUCUGGCCAGUCAGCUCCUCCCCCCCUGCCUGCAGCACACACCGGCCCCAGGGGCUCCGGGUGCCUCGGUCUUGGUCCCGGCCGGCUUUUCCAUCGGGACGCGGCGCUGGGAGCCCUCGCGCCCGACGACAUCCGCAGAGCCCGGGAGGCCAGACGGAAGGUGGACCCGGAGGAGGCAGCUGGGGCUCCUAGGCAGAAGCUCAGCGAGAGAGCCCGGGAGCGGACGGUGCCUGCGUCGCGCGUCGGUCGGCUCGCCAGCUUCGGAGGUCUGGCGAUGGGGCUGGGCAUCGGGGCCCUGGCAGAGGUGGCCAAGAACUCGCUCAAUGGGGAAACGAAGCCAAGGGACGGCAGCGGCUCCGUCCUGGGCUCCAGCCCCUUCCUGUCGGAGGCCAACGCAGCACGGAUCGUGGACACGCUGUGCAAGGUGCGGGGCGCUGCCCUGAAGAUCGGGCAGAUGCUGAGUAUCCAAGAUAACAGCUUCCUCAGUCCCCAGCUGCAGCGGAUCUUCGCGCGGGUGCGGCAGAGCGCGGACUUCAUGCCGGCCUGGCAGACCAGGAGGGUGCUGGCAGAGGAGCUGGGGCAGGACUGGCGGGAGAAGGUGGCCUCCUUUGAGGAGACGCCCUUCGCAGCGGCAUCCAUCGGCCAGGUGCACCUCGGGGUGCUCCGUGACGGGAUGGAGGUGGCCAUGAAGAUCCAGUACCCGGGCAUAGCCCAGAGCAUCCGGAGCGACGUGGAGAACCUGCUGGCGCUGCUGAGGCUCAGCGCGGUGCUCCCGGCGGGCCUCUUCGCUGACAACACGCUGCGGGUGCUGCAGAGAGAGCUGGAGUGGGAGUGUGACUACCGGCGCGAGGCUGAUUGCGCCCGGAGCUUCAGGCAGCUCCUGGCCGGCGACUCUUUCUUUGAGGUGCCCAGGGUGGUGGGCGAGCUGACGACACGGCGGGUGCUGACCAUGGAGCUGGGGAGCGGCGUCCCCCUGGAUCAGUGCCAGGAGCUGCCCCAGGACGUCCGGAAUGAGAUCUGUCUCAACGUCCUGCGCCUCAGCCUGCGGGAGCUCUUCCACUUCCGCUUCAUGCAGACGGAUGCCAACUGGGCCAACUUCUUCUACGACGCUGGCAAGCACCAGGUGACCUUGCUGGAUUUCGGAGCAAGCCGGCCCUUCAGCAGAGAGUUCACCCAUCACUACAUCGAGGUGAUAAAAGCUGCAGCCGACAGGGACAGGGCCAAGGUGCUCCAGAAAUCCAAAGACCUGAAGUUUGUGACGGGCUUUGAGACCAAGGAGUUCGAGGAGGCGCACGUGGACACGGUGAUGAUCCUGGGGGAGCCUUUCUCCACCCCGGGACUCUUUGACUUCAGCGUCCAGAGCACCACGCGGCGGGUGCAGGCCCUGAUCCCCGUCAUGCUGCGCCACCGGCUGACGCCACCCCCCGAGGAGAGCUACGCCCUGCACCGCAAGCUGGCCGGCUGCUUCCUGCUCUGUGCCCACCUGCGUUCCCGCAUCCCCUGCCACGACCUCUUCCAGGAGCUCUACAGGCAGUACUGGGCCCGGGAGCGGGGAGCCUAGCGUCGGGGCGGAGCCUGGGACCCCAAACCGGACCUCCCUGCACCCAGCACCUGGCUGAUCUGCAGCCCUGAGCAACCGGAGCCCUCACUGCCGUGGGCUGGGAACUCAGCCGAGCUCUGGGAGAUGUCUGUGCCCGUAGCCCUGCCAGGCCGUGCCCGCAAGCGUCGCUGUCCUGCACAUUAAAUCCUGGCACCUGG